AUGACAUCUCUUUUAGCUAAAGAUUAAUAGGAUAGCAAUAAUGAGUAAAAUAAUGAGGCAUCAUAGCAUUUUAAAUUUAAAAAUAUUCAGAUAGAUAGGCAAUAUACUGAGGAUGAAGUAGUAAUUAGGCACCAAUCAAAUUGUAGCUAAACCUAAAUACCUAUUUCUUUAACUCCAAUAGUUAAAUAAAUGAACUUUUUUAGAAAGAUUUAAAUAAACGAAGAAACUUUUAAUGAAAGCGCUUACUUCAUUAGCACUUGCCAAUAAGCUGACGCAUUCAAAGUCAAUAGCAAAAAAGUUUCAAAAAGAUGCUUAAGUCCUCAAGAAAAACUGAAAUAGGUUCUUUAUGAGACAUCUUCAAAUAGCUAGUUUAAGGAAUAAUCAAUUAAAAAAUAUACUCGUAGAAAAAGCUGUUAAGGAGGGAUAUUUGGCGAGCCUUCAUCUUAAAUUAUUAUAAGAGAAAAAUAGUUUCCUUUGGGAAUAAUAGUAUAGCACAUAGUUACAAUCAUUGAUGAGAAUGAAAAGAGGAGAUUAUAAAAGGAAUAGAAUGCUUUAAAAUAGCAAAAAAAAUCAAAUCCAAAUAUUAAAGCAUCAAAAAAUCCUUCCUUUAAGCAAUAUUCUGGAAAAUCUAUAUUUAAUUCUCAGACUAGUGGCACAAAUUUACAAUUUACAUCAUUUUAGAAUAAUUAAUACCAUCAAUAGUAAAACUUUCAAACUUUAUAAUAGUAAAGCAGUUUAUUACCAAAAUUCAGCUUUUUUGGCGCAGAUCUUCAUGAUAGAAAAAGCAUAAAUUUAAACCAAAUAAAUGUUUUCUCUCCUAAAUCGCCAAACAAUUUUAAUAAAGUAAACAAUAGUAGUGAAUUCGUAAAUUCAUCAUAACCCUUACAAUAAUAGCCACAGCCUAUUUAAAUGUACUAAGGCAACGAAAGUUUAUAAGAAAUUAAUAAAAUCCAAUAAAACUCUCGGUGCUAAGAAGACGUGAGUGAACCAAUUUAAAUUAGCAAAUUAGAAUUUGAUACAUUAAAUUAGCUUAAAUCAGAACCAGAAAAAAUGAAUAAUUAAAGCCUUUGUGAUGAAGAUGAUCAAUAGUAAACUUAAAAUGGCAAGACAAAAAGGUAAAAUUUAUAACAACAAGGAAGCGGCUAAAAAUAUAAUGGAUAGGAAAGCCUUUCGUCUCAUUCUAGUGUAGAUUUAGAUGAUAAUGAUGAGGGCUAACUACGUGAAAGUUAAAAGCGUGCUAACAAUAACUAAUAAACAAAUUACAAAAAAAAUAUGAUUGAAAGAUUUUCUUUUUCAAAAGAUUCAAAUAGAGAAUUAAACAAAACUAAUUCAAUUAAUGAAUUUAAAAAUAUUGGAAAUAACUAAUAAUUGAAUAUCAAUUUUGGAAGCAACUCCAAAAGAUUCAGUGUUGUUAAUACAAUAGCUCCUACUUUACAGUAGUAAGUUUUAUAAAGAUAGCAUUCUAAAAUGCAUGGUUAAGCUUAAAAUGACCAACUCUAAGCUUUUAUGAGCAAAUACGGUGAAUGCUAAGCAAAAAAAGGUAGCUUUUUAAUUACCAAUGUUAAGAAAAUAUAAGAAAGCAAAUAAUUGUAAGAUGUUUUACAAGAAUAUUUAGAGCCAGGAUCUACUGAUAAUCUAAACUAUAGUCCUAGUAAUCCUACUAAUAGAACUGAAAAUUUGAAAAAAGCUCUUAUUAGCGCUACAAAUAUGAUUACCCUAUAAAAUAAGGUAAAAGGUAACAAAUCUUUCCUUAUAAACUAUUACAAAUUAAUUGGCAAAUUAACUAUUGAUACUAAUAUAUAAUAUUUAUCAUAAUUUGCUGAUGAUAUUUUAGCUACUCCAGUAGACAGGCAUAAGUAGAAAACCUUAAUAAUUCGUGCUCCAAAAAAAAGAAAAGUUUACAUUUAUAACACACCGGAAGACAAAGUAAAGCUCAUAAGUUAAUUAGAUAAGCUACAUUUAAACUAAAAAGUUUAAAAGUACAUACAUGAGAAAUAAUGUAAUGAUUCCAAUUAAAAUACAUCUAAAAGCACUACAACUGGGAGAGAAAGGGCUUAAACUAGCUUUAAGUCGUAUUUUUUUUAAGAUAAAGAUUCUGAAAUUAUUCAUAAUAAAGUGAAAUAUACCCCAGAAUUAAAACCUAAUAAACCAGAAAUAAAACACUAUAGCCCUAUAAUAAAACCUUAUAGCCCAACUAAUAACUGUAAAUUCUUAUUGAGAGAUGUAUUUAGCCCAACAAACUAGCAGCAUUCUUAUUAGUAGGAUAACACAUCCAAAAAUAGAAGCAAAAGUCAAAAGAGUAGCAAAAUGGGAGAUUGUAGUCUUAAAAAGCUAUUAAAUCCUGAUGAUUUCCAUUAUCAUGACUCUUCUUCAAAAAAUUCUUCAGGUAAAAAUUUCUUUAGUCUCAGUCAAAAAAAUAGUUUGGCCUUCCUAGAUAGAGUUUCUAAUAAUGCAAGCAGCAAUUCCAUGUAUUUUACAAAAGCUCCCUUACACCCGUAUUUAGGAUCUUUAACUCCAAAAUGUUAAAAUAAUCCUAAAGAAUCAUUACUUUUAACUUCUCCUAGAAAUAAUAUAAAAAAAUAUUAAAAUAUAAACUAAAAUAAUUUGGAAUAAAAUCCAAUACUAAAUAGUUUAAAUAAAUAACAUAAAAAAAACAUCUAAACUCUUUAAAAUAGUUGA